AUCUGACCGCGGCUCCUGAGUGAUGCCGGAAUCUCAUUGGACAGGCGGUAGUGACUCGAGUCGUGAUUGGUCAGCCUCGCCUGGUGCCAAAGGAUGCCAGAGUGGGUCUAGGGCUUUGGAUGGUGAGCGUGCCUAGUGUGUGUUGGCACUUGUAGUGGGUAAGUCGGCUCAGGAGGCGUACGGGUACAGUGCCAGGAGAUGGACUACUCUUAACAACUAGAAGCCGCUACAGUAGUGCAGCUUCGACCGGGCCAACCUCCCUCACCACUACACCACACUUACACUACCACGACGGUCUUUGGUUCAGUGGCUCUCGCUGGCUUUCUCAGUGAAUCCUAAAAGAGACUUUCUCAGCCAGCUACCGUUGCUCCAUGCGAACUCUGGCUCUAAGAAGUGCACGCCGGCUUCCUGACCUCCACUACCACCGCCGCCGCCGCAGCAGCAGCCAGUACCAACACUUCUUCUGCCUUUGUAAAAGCGAGUGAGAGUAGCCCCACCGAUCGCAUGCUGUAAACCUAUCCUGGGCCCGGGCGUGGACAGCAGAAGGGCACAGCCCAGCACAGCCCAGCACAGCCCAGCACAGCCCAGCACAGCCUAGCACAGCCGAGCACAGCUGGGUACAGCAGAGCAGCGGAGCCAGCUCCUACCCACACCUGGCCUAGCAGACCCCCGCCCCCGGCAGCCACCAUAACAGACGAGGACACAGCCCCGCCGGCCCCCACCGUCAUGGAAGGUGACGAGAAGAACAAGAACAAGUCUGCCGGAGGUGGAGCCGGCGGCGAGGGCGGUGGCGGCGGCGGCGGCGGAGGCCUGGAGAUGACCCAAUACGGCCUGAACGGCACCUCGCCCCAGACGCCCAACGAUGCUGGACUGGUGGUCUUCGAGGAGGAAGGUCACCUCGUCCGUGGCGCCUGGAGUAACCACCUCGACUUUAUCCUUUCCCUUGUCGGGAACGCCAUCGGGAUUGGCAACGUCUGGCGCUUUCCCUACCUCUGCUAUAAGAACGGUGGAGGUGCGUUCCUGAUCCCUUACCUGCUGACGGUGUUUUGCUGCGGAGUGCCUACCUUCUUCCUCGAGGUGUCCAUGGGACAGUUCCUGGGGACUGGAGGCCUCACCGUCUGGCGUAUCUCGCCCAUCUUCAAAGGUGUUGGCUACGGCGCCGCGGUGAUGUCGGUGUGGCUUAACAUCUACUACAUCAUCGUGUUGGCUUGGGGCCUCUUCUACUUCUUCAUGUCCCUCACAUCACAGCUGCCGUGGGGGUCGUGCGACAACUGGUGGAACUCUGACACGUGCGUCUCGCCGUACGCCCGCGGCGCCCUCAAGUGCUGGGACGAGAUGUACAACUCCACGGCCAACGAGUCGUACUGCGUCGUGGGCAACCUCAGCCGUGUUAACGUUGUUAACAUCACCGACCCCGUCAAGGAGUUCUGGGAAAAACGGGCUCUUCAGAUCUCCGAGGGCAUUGAUCACCCCGGCACCGUACGCUGGGACCUGGCCCUCACCCUCCUCAUCGCCUGGAUCCUCUGCUACUUCUGCAUCUGGAAGGGAGUCAAAUGGACCGGAAAGGUGGUGUACUUCACGGCGCUCUUCCCUUACCUGCUCAUGUUCAUCCUGUUCAUCCGAGGCGUGACUCUUCCCGGAGCGAUGACCGGCAUCCGCUACUACCUCAUCCCUGAUGUGGAGAAGCUCAAGGAUAUUACGGUGUGGGUGGAGGCGGUGUCCCAGGUGUUCUGGUCGUAUGCACUUGUUUUAGGCUCCCUCAUCGCUCUGGGGUCCUAUAACAAGUUCGAUAACAAUUGUUAUCGGGACUCGUUGAUAUUGUGUACCAUCAACUCCUGCACGUCGUUCUUCGCUGGCUUCGUUAUCUUCUCCGUCGUGGGCUUCAUGGCAGAGCAGCAGCACAAGGAGGUGUCGGAGGUGGCAGCUUCAGGUCCGGGGUUGGCGUUCCUGGCGUACCCGUCGGCAGUGCUGCAGCUCCCGGUCUCGCCUCUGUGGUCCGCCCUUUUCUUCCUCAUGUUCCUCAUGCUGGGACUCGACUCCCAGUUCUGCACCAUCGAAGGCUUCGUGACAGCUGUCACUGACGAGUGGCCCAAGCACCUUCGUAAGAACAAAGAGAUCUUCAUCGCCGCCAUCUGCAUCUUAUCUUACCUGGUGGGCUUAUCGUGUGUCACUGAGGGUGGCAUGUAUGUGUUCCAGGUGCUGGACUCGUAUGCGGCCUCUGGAAUGUGCCUCAUCUUCCUCAUCAUGUUCGAGUGUAUAGCCAUAAGCUGGGGCUACGGAGCUAACAAGUGGUAUGACCAUGUCAAGGAAAUGAUCGGCUAUUAUCCCUUCUUUUGGUGGAAGUUCUGCUGGAUGUUCAUCACUCCUGCCAUUUGCUUCUGUGUGUUCAUGUUCAACGUGAUCAUGUGGUCUCCCCCGAAAUACGUCGACUACGAGUUUCCAGUUUGGACCCAUUUCGUUGGCUGGCUUAUGGCACUCUCCUCGAUGUCUUGUAUCCCAGUCUACGCUGUCUACAAGUUCGUCACCACGCCUCAUCCCGGGACCUGGAAAGAGAGAUUAAUAGCCAUCACUCGGCCAGAAAUUGACAUAAAUAGCUUGAAGAACAAGUAUAGAAGUACCCCAGCGGAGGCUACAGCAGUGUAGAGCCCCGUAUGAACCAGCGCACCUCCACCGCCUCCUGCACCACCCACCGCGAACACACUCUUCAGGUCGAGAGAACACGCCACAGCGGUGCUGUAGAGUCUGCAGGGGGGUAAACACACCACCCACAGGGAUCAGCCAGCCCCCUUCAUUAUACCCACUGAGACAGGGUAUCACGGUAGAUGGGUACAGCUGGGUAUGACAUACCCAUACAGAUGGGUAUGUCACUGUACUUUUCCCUAGGGCUAAUUUUGAAUUGAUAUGUGGUACAAGUAUUUAUGCAGUUGAACUAUACGUUAUUUUGUUGUUUGAGUAUGUUGUGAUUUAAGACCAAUUGUAAAGUAAAGACUCAAUAAAGCUGAACUACCCUUAAUCAACAAGAUAUACAAAUAUCAGUGACAUUUACAGACGUAGUUACGAAAAUAGCUUGUCACAAACUGACUUAGACUUUGAUCAUCUUGGAUGUGAAACUGCCACUCCUCCCCCCCCAACCCCUCCUUUUUUUGUAUGUGUAGAUUUUGUCAGUACACUGAGACUGCUCUGUUAAAUCGACUGGUCAUCAGACAAGAGUCAUCAUACAUUAUUGUUUAGCUCACUUGACACUAUGUGACAUGAUGGGUGGUGGUGUUAUGGCUCGGUUAUGAUGAUCAUCUGAUAUGUCUUGUGCUAUAUUUGUGGCUUGGUUGUUAAGGGUGCCUGAGACCUCAGUCUUAUGUAUGUCAGGAUUCUGCCUCUCAUCAGUAUGGAGACAGUUCAGCGCCACAACUGGAAACUAUAAGAAUAUGUCUUUAUUGAUACUUGUACUAAAAAAAAAAUAAUCAUUGGUUUUCAUUAAUUUAAAAUGUUGUUUAUAUUAAAUAAUUAUGUACCCAUAGAAGCUGAAGCUAAUUAUAUUAUAUAAAUCUUCAGGUGAAUGUCCUCUAGACACGAAGUAAAUUUGUUAGAAAAUAAUAUCAUAAAUAUUAAAAUAAUAUUUUAUUUUGUAAUUGUUAAUAUGCAGUAAUUAAAUCUUAAGUGCUUGCAAAAAAAAUUGACUAAGAUCUUCGCAUCUUAUACAAGCAAAUAUUCUUAGUUCUUAUUGAAAACACACUGCAGGUUUUACAAGUGACAGCUCAGUAAUGACCUGCAGUGAUGUUAGUGAAUUUGUUGUAAUCCAAAAGCAAUAUUUUCCUCUUGUGGGGAUCUGUAUAUUGAUGUUGGCAACUAUGAAACUAGUCUAACUGCACUUAAGACGCUCCUCAGCAGUCCUAGUUUCUGACCUUGUUCAUCAAAUGUCAUAUAUAUAUAUAUAUAUAUAAUGUGUGUCAUGCCUAAUAGCCAGAUUUACCUAGAAACCCAAAUUUUCUUACACAUUUAGCUUUUCAACAUUUUGAAAUUACGGGUUUGCAUUGAUAAAUGUCUAGUUUAAUAAACCUGAAUUGUAAAAUAUUUAACUCGAACCAAAACUAAAUGUGCAAACAGAUCUUAGCCCCUUUGUCAUAGGUAAUAUUAGGUCUGAAUAAAUGGGGUAGGUUAUUUAACCACGGGUAUAAAAUAAUUAAGCCCCGACUCUAUUUUGGAGAAAUACGAGAAAAUAAGCUAAAACGUUCUGGCUAUUAGGAAAAACUACACCUAACGCGGCACUGGCUAUUAGGUUCAACAUAUAUUUAUCAUAAAUUUAGUGACUUAUCUUUCUCAUUACAGAAGAGUGAUGGAAAGCUUAUUCAUAUGAAUAGAUUUGCAUUGAAAUAAUCGAGUAAUGAAUUGCAACAAAAACCCUCACGUUAAUCAUCCCUAUAACGACGAUAGUUUGGACUGCCAGGGGCCACUCUUUUAACAUGUAACUCUUAGUCAAAUUAAUUGGUGAAGGGCUUCCAAAUUGUCUUCCAUAUUUUAGAGUAAUUCUUUUACAUGUCAGAAAGGUAGGUGCUCUUAGAAUGUUCAGUGAGGCGUCUUUUAUCACGUUAUAAUAGACAGAUCCUGAGGGAUAGAUGUUAGCUUGACUUGGGACCAAGGCGCACCAGCCAUCUCGGUCUUCCAAAUGAUAAAUCAAAUCUUUGAAGUGACUUGACGUAUGAUUAAGGACUUUGAAUGUCUUUGCCGUGAAGUCUUUGUAGUAUAUCAUGAUUUCAAUUUGGAUCUUAUUUAAGUAGUAGAAAAUGGUUCAUUGUAUAGCAUUGUGUUCCAUGUUGUUGGUCCUGUCUUCACGUGGAGCACAGUAGCAUGUAUGCAAGCAAUAACAUCACCUGUUUUUGCCAUUUAUCUCUUUUAUCUACUCUAAAUACCGUAUUUACUUAGUACUCAAUGGACCUGGUAACUCACCUUAUAAGACUACUUCCCUGUUUCUUAGGUUAAAGUGCUAGGCGUUGUCAUCUCCAGGUCAUACUAGGCCAUGAUUGGGGGCGUUUCUGUUAUCCUGUUGGUGAACAGCUCCUUAGGUUUUAGCCAAUGAGAAGUCGUCAUUUAUGAACCUGGACUACAACUGCCAAUAAAGAGAUGGUUUUCUUGGAGCCUUGCGUGCCCCACCAUUCAGCCAUCCCUCCAGCCAAUCAGCGCACGAGUAGGAGUGUGACACGCCUUGCUCUGGCCCCGCCCUUCUUUCUUAAUGCCUUUUUCUGAUUGGCUUAAACUAAGCAAUUUUGUAAAUUAUAUAUUGCAACCAAAUGUAAAAUAAAUAAUGAAUGUAUGUAUUGCCAGUAAGUUGAAUUGUGUACAUGUUAUAUAUGUUAAAAAUAAUGUUUUGCACAGACUCGUUAAGAAUACUGAGUAUCUAUUAUAGUGUAAGAAUUUAGCGCUUAAGAAUAUCUUGUUUUCUCUUAAUUAUGAGUGCGUGGACUUUAUUCUAAAACUUUGAUGUUAGGUUAUGCAUGUACAGAAAUGUAUGUAAAUUCUUGUCUAGUAAGGAAUUCCUUAAGUGUUGUAAUUUAGUCAUCUUUUUUUUUUUUAACACAGGUAACAUCAAUGUAAGUACAAAGUUCAGUGUUCCAUAAAAAAGACUUUUGAAUGUCUGUACAGGUAGGAAAGCCUGCGUGAGAGAUAUGUAAAUAAGGAUUAUCAAACCUACUAUGUACUUGGGCUUCGUGAACGUCAACAUCUCUUCAGGGUAUUACUGUAAGCAGCUGUUUGCUCUUUGUAUUUUGGAUCUUCAUUAGGAGGGUAAUUUUGUAUGACCAUUAGGAGUCAUUAAGUAAAAUGCCGAUCUAUUAAACUUUGUAAAAUUACUCAGAAUGUUUAGCAUUAGGGGGGGUUCAGUGUCGCGUCUGUCCUCUGGAGAUAACUCGAGCUUGUGUUAAACUUGGGGAAGUUACAUUUAUUAGAGAUAAGUAUCAUAAUGUGGCUCUUAAGUAGGCAUUUAUACACGUACACAUUGCAUACAAACAUUUAUACACAUUGCACACCAACAUAAAUACAUAUUGCACGCCAACAUGUAUACAUAUAUACAUUACAUACCAACAUAUAUACAUACACAUUGCACACCAACAUGAUAUAUAUAUAUAUAUACAUUUACAUUGCACUAAUAAUGCAUAUGCACAUUAAUACAAAUGCACAUUACACCAAUCAACAUUUGUACAUAUACACAAUCCACAUCAAUAUUUACAAGCUCAUAAUUAUGCAUACGUAGAUAUUAACAAAUCACUCGUACACGAAUAUUCCAACAUAUGCUGUACUGUACACGAGGACGUAGCUACUAAAGACAGAAAUACAAAUUACCAGUUACACAAGUACACUCAUUACUGCUUUCACAUAUACACAUUACCAAUUACACAGGUAUGUGUCUUACCAAUUACACAGUUAUGUGUAUUACUAAUUAUACAGAUACGUGUAUUAGCAAUUACACUUGGUUGUAGUUUUGAUUUCGGUAUUAAACUGAUUUGUACAUUAGGAUAUAUCUCGUUCAUUCCUUACUUCCUGUGGCUUUACCAUAUCUGAUUAAGUACAUGAAAAUGUAAUACUUAAUCUUUGAAAUAAAAACCUAAAAAAGCAA